UCUCCUCUGUAAACUAUGGCCCCAAACAGACGGAUCCAUCUGGGCGGUACCCAUUUCACAUGGGAAGCAAGAAUCUAUGGGUCUCAAUAAAGAUAAGGAACCUUCUUAUGUCAAGACCGCAGAAUCAAAAUAUAUGAUAUAAUUCAUUAUUUAAGGAGACAUAACAAAUUGUGUUUGAUCUAAAUGUGUUAAUUUUUGCUGUAGUCAGUUGGACUAAGCUGCUGGUUUCCCCUAUUUGGGCGUUGGUGUCGCCCUUGAUCCAGCUGACCGGCCUGGAUUCCCGGUUAGGAUCCCCGAACUCUCCCUGGCUGCGUUCGCCGUCGUUUAAGACUGUCUUCCCUGGCUGGGUUUACCGCGGGCACUUGUGCCAGUGAGGCUCUCGAUCCUGUGUGUCCCGGUGAAUAGCAGGUCUUACUGCUCAGAGGGUUUUCUUGCUCCCGUCCCUCAGAGAAGGCUCCCUCUGUUUCUAGGCCGCCCCGCCAUCCACGGGUUUGCUUUCACCGCCUCACCGACCGGAGCCAUGGGAGACACGGGCAGGGAACGCAGCAAACCACCCAGCCUCCCGCCCCGCUGCCCCUGCGGAUUCUGGGGGUCCAGCAAGACCAUGAAUCUCUGUUCCAAGUGCUUUUCUGAUGUUCAGAAGAAGCAGCCAGAUGAAGACUCAUCCCCUGGCCCCACCCCCAGCACUAGUAGCAACCAAUCGGACGUGUUCACGAGUGACAUGAACAGUAACAGCAGCAGCAGCACCUCCCCUUCCUUUUCGUCACAGACUGUUAGCAACCCCCAGCCACUCCCCAGCGAAACAAAUGUAGCUUCCUCGCCCAGCCAAGAGGAAUCCCUCGGCACGCUAGCAACACCCACAAAACGGCCCUGCGAAUCAGGGUCCGCCGCUGAAGACGAGGAGUCACCAGGGAAGCGGGCGCGGCUGCAGGAUGACGUCGCUGAGGAAAGCCGUGGAGGCACCAAGCAGAGGAGUCGCCGGCGCUGCUACCACUGCCAAACCAAACUGGAGCUGGUGCAGCAAGAGCUGGGCUCCUGCCGCUGCGGAUACGUGUUCUGCAUGCUGCAUCGUCUCCCGGAGCAGCACGACUGCCUGUUUGAUCACCUGGGUCGCGGUCGGGAGGAAGCCAUCCUGAAGAUGGUGAAGCUGGACCGCAAGGUGGGGCGGUCGUGCCAGCGCAUCGGGGAGGAGUGCUCCUGAGUUUGCUCGUUUGCUCUCUCUCUCUCUCUCUCUCUCUCUCUCUCUCUCUCUCUCUCUCUCUCUCUCUCUCUCUCUCUCUCUCUCUCUCUCUCUCUCCACAAGCCUUAUCCAGAAACACCCACCCCUCACCCUCCCUCCUGCAUACCUGAGCUAGCCAAUACACAAACCUUGCAACACACAUACUUUAGACAUUGAUUAGGGGUGUGACGAUACACUAAGGUCAUAAUACAUGUGAUGGUCCGGAUAGACUUGUAUGAUCAAUAAUAUCAAAUAUUAAUUUAAUGAUGGGCAGUUUGUUUUUGUUAAGACAAACACUAAACACGUGUGUAGUCAUACCAACUGUAAAACACACUUAAUUCAAGAACCAUUUAGUGAACUACAAUGAGGUAUGUUUUGUUUUUGGUCUUGUACACUACCCAGAGGAAGUGAAUGAAUUGUGGGUUUGGCCAUGUAGCCUUGGGGGUAGAGAAUCACAGGUAGCGCUGGACAGUCUAAAAGCAACAGAAUCUCAUUGACAAACACACACACAUACCCUGCAACCAAUUAAGUCUCUUAUUGGCUAGUUCCAGGUACCAUGGGGUACAAAUACAAUGACAACUAGUUAAGGCUUCUUCUGGUGACCAUGGUUGAACUUGGACAUACAGACAUCAUACUCCAGGAUUGGCAAUGGAGUUUUUGUAGCAAAGCAGGACUGGGGACACCUAUAGGAGACCUAUAGGAGACCUGUCUUCACUUGUGUGUGUUGGGGGUUGGUCUAUCUUGGGGAGGAGGUGGGUGUAAGGAGAGUCUUUUAGGUCAGUGCUUCCUGGUGGUUUGUUACAGAAACUACAACGUCAAACAAGAGCACAAACCUAAAACGAUCAAAGUAUCUUUAGUCACAUUCUAGAAGCAUAUAUCUUUCCUCCUUUUUUACAUUUGUGCUCCUCAGUUGUUAUUAUUAAUAAUAAUUAAUCAAAAUAAUAAGUCAACAACAGAGGCCAGUGUUGCAGGAAAUGAAAACACAAGUAAUUGUAGAUUUCGGAAAAAACAUGAAUGAAAAAAAUAUACACAAAUUUGAGCCAAAAUCUAAAAUUGUGAUUUUCUUUGAAAUGCGGAUACAUUUCCAGAAGCACCGGCCCCUAGUUAGAGCUCAACAUGCAAAAUUGUUGUGCCUCAGGAUAUGCAGCCCUCACUGGUUAGAUUGAGCUGAGCGCACUGUGAGGGAGACUGCAGCUGCUUGCCUUAGCCCUCUUUCUCCCUUUCCUUCCACCCUUUCACUCUCCACCUCCUCCCUCUCCUUCCACGUCUCCACCCUUUUUCCCUCCCCCUUGCCCUUUCACUGUCGCUGAGCCCUGCAGUAAGGAAAGUGUAUCAUCAUGGCUUUCUCUCUCUCUGUCUGCUCCAUCCCAACCCCCACCCCUUUUUCUAAAUCACUGUAAAAGCACCCACCAGCAGUCUUUACCAGUGUGGAGGACUCAAAAGCUUUGCAGAUUGAUGUGUAUUUUUGCUGUUUGAUUUUGGGACAUAAUUAAUUUUAAAGACUCUAUUUACCGUUACUUCUAAAGGGAUUUUUUUGUAACUUACUUCAUAGUACCACCUGGUGGUCAAGGCUUGGUAGUGUUCAUGUAGGUUAAGAGCAGAGCUGAGCUACUGUCAGGUGCUUCUCUAUCCUGAUCCCAGAGCCUGAACCAGUGGGGGCGGAGUAGAGGCCUGGUAUUAAUGUCAUGAUUGCAUUUAUUUUAAAAGAUUUGUUCUGUCAGGUUUAAAUUGAAGAGAAAGAAAAAAGAAAAAGAAUCUUCUUGUAUCUUAAAUAAAUCCUUAUUUAACCGUUUUGUGUUUUCAGAUUUACUUACACACCUAGCAUAUAGCUUAAUUUUUAGUUAUACAUUGUAAAAUAUUAAUACAAAUACUGUAACUUCUUUUUUUCCCCCUAUUGCUGAAAAGAAUAAAACCAAUUAGAUGAAAAUUUAA